AUUAUGCAUUUUGCUCAUUUACGCAAUGCUUCCUUCGUGGCUGCUAAGCGGAACUCUACCUCCCAUCGUGCAUUGCGGAGGGACACAGAACUACAUCCUGAGUUCAAAGGUUAACUUUCCAACAUGCGUGUUGUAGUUGACUUCCUGCCGCUCUGAAGACCAUGUGUACACACUGAAUAUGAAAAUACUUUCGUUCGUUACUGUUGUGUGUUUGUUUAUCCGCUUCUUCGUGUGCCGGAAAUGUCUGCGAGCGCUUCAGAGCACGAGCUGAUCCAGCUGAUCCACGGCCAUUUGAAGGAGCAUGGGUUCCAGUCGGCGGCAGAGGAGCUCCGGAGGCUCAGCCCACAGGGGGAGUCUAAAAUAUCAACAUCACUAUUAGAAAUCUACAAUUCCUGGUUAAAAGACUCUAAAAAGAAACGACGGUCUGACUCCGUUAAACACUCCAGCUCCAAAUCAGAGCAAAAAGCAACAGCUUCAAAAGCUUCUCCUGCUGGCAAACUGAAGAAAAAGAAGGAUAAACCUGUAAAAAAAACAAAAACACAAAAAAAGUCUGUACAAGCAAAGAAGAAAUCUGCCAAAAAUGUCAUCAAGGCAAAGAAAUCCCCAAAGAAAGCUGCAGCAACUUCUGGUGGGGAUGAUUCAGACUCUGACAGUAGUCUGGAUGUGGAGAAAUGGAAGAAACGUGUCUUAGAGAUGACAGACGAUGACAUAACCAAGAUGGAAAUUAUCAAUGCUCUAGACUUGUCUGCACCACAGCCCCAGAAAAAGAGAGUGAGAAAGCCACGAGCUAAGCCUCCUGGAGGGACUGAUGGACAAAACAAAAAGGGAGCUGUGACAAGGACACCUGCAAAGAUUAUUACACCCAAGAAGAGCAGUCCAAAAAAGGCUGUGAGCUUGUCUGCCUCUCAGAGCCAGGAGAACGAUGUCACCACUGUGGAAGACACGCCAGCUACACCUACGCCUGCUGUGUCACCUUUGAAACACACAGGAGCCAAAGAGAAAAAGAAGUCUGUGACUCCCAGCAAAGAAAACGCUGAUGAGACAACAUCCGAGCCCAAGAAGAAGCACAAGAAGAAAGCUAGUGAGGACAAAGCUUCUGAGGAUGGUGCAGAUGGAAAAGAAAAAGACACUGAAGACAAGAAGGAAAAUAUAGAUGUCUCAGAACAAGGGUUAAGUGAUAAACCUCUGAAAGAGAAGAAGACAAAGAAAAACAGCAGUAAGAGCGAGACAGGAGAAGAAAUGAUGGAGCAAAACAGCCAUGGAAGUGCUGAGAAUGAGCUGCCAGAGCCAACAGCAAGUGGAAAGGAAGCACAGAAGAAGAAACAGGGGGAAAUUAAUAGUCAGGGAAGUUCUGAGGAGGUAGUUGAAGAAAUAAAAGUAAAGAAGAAGAAAAAAAAGAAGGCUGAAAAAACAGAAAAUCCAGAAGACAAUGUUAUAGAAGAGCAAGAAAAUUCAGAGCAAGUGACAGAAGGUGAAGACAAACAAAACACUGAGCAGAUAACUGAAAAGAAACCAAAGAAAAAGAAGAAGAAAGCUGAUAAUGAGGAAAUGUCAGAACAAAGUAAAGAAGAAAGUGUUGCAGAAAAAAAGGCAAAGAAGAAGAGAGUUGAUAGUGAGGAAACACCUAAACAUGUUGAAGUGGAGAAAGAAACGAAUGAAGAAGAGCGGAUGGAGAGAGUUGAUGAUGUGUCUAAUAAUAAAGUGGAAGAGGAGACAGGAAAAAAUACUGCAGAAAAGAAAGCAAAGAAGAAGAAGAGAGCUGAACCUGAAGAACACGUUGAGGAGGAGGCAGAAAAUAAAAUAAAGAAGAAACGGGAGAAAAGGAAUCACGAUGAGAAGCAUUCAGAACUGGUAGUUGAAGAAAAGAAAAGAAAGAAAAACAAAGAGAAAGUUGAACAUAAUGGGGAAAUAUCAGAUCGGCCCGUUGAAGAGAAGGAAAUCACACAAAGACCAGAGAACAGUGACAUAGAGGAGAACCCUGACCAAAACAAUAAGGUGAAAAAGAAAAGGAAGAAGGACCUGAAUUCAGCCGAUGCAGAGCCAACACUACCAGCCACCCCUGAGACUCUAGAUCCUCCAACAGAGAAGAAGAAAAAGAAAAUCAAGUUGAAAUCAGUGAAGGACCUGCAGUGUUUGACCCAUACACCUUAGUGUAUCACCAAGUGGAAAAAAAGCAAG